UAGCAAUAGACUUGGUUUAAUGACAACCUGUAACCAGCUGUACUCCAUCCACUCCUGUAAACAACUCAUUCCUCUCUUUCUCUCUCUACCCGCCUCCAUUUUUCAAGGACAACUAGUUUUUUAUUUCAUUUUUCUCACUUCCAAACCCAUAAAUAAUCCCUUCUUCAAAUUCUCCAGAAUGAUCAAUCAACGAUUUUAUUGACAUUUUGCUUAAACUUAGUAGUAAUCACGUUUUACUGUGUAGAACCUGCAAAUUCCCUUUAAAACGAAGUCGUUUUGAAGAGAGAAACUGAAAAAACCAUGGACCCAUGUCCAUUUGUUCGACUGACCGUCGGCAACCUUGCAUUAAAAGUUCCAGUUCAAUCAAAACCUGUAAGAACAGUAAUUCAUCCUACUUCUUCUCCAUGUUUUUGUAAAAUUAAACUCAAGAAUUUUCCUCCUCAAACCGCUGUUAUCCCUUACAUUCCGUCGGAAACUAAUUUUCCCGACGCUAAUUCUUAUGCCGCUACUUUUCAUCUAAGCAAAGAGGACAUUAAUAAACUCGCCGGAAAAUCAAUCUUCGCCGGGAAACUGCUUUUGAAGAUAUCGAUAUUUACUGGAAGAACUGGGGCUACUUGUGGUGUCAAAAAUACGGGUAGAUUGUUAGGGAAAGUUUCUGUACCGUUGAAUCUUAAAGGGUGUGAAUCAAGGGCUAUGGUUUUUCAUAAUGGAUGGAUUUGUGUUGGAAAAGAGGGUAAAGAAUCAUCUGCUUCGCAGUUUUAUUUGAAUGUUAGAGCUGAUCCUGAUCCUAGAUUCGUUUUUCAGUUUGACGGUGAACCUGAAUGCAGUCCUCAAGUUUUUCAGAUCCAAGGGAAUAUUCGUCAACCUGUUUUUACCUGUAAUUUUAGCUUCCGUAAUUCUGACCGCCAUCAUCAACGUUCUAGAUCAUUAGAUCAAGGGAGUGGAAGAGGAUGGUUGAGUUCAUUUGGAAGUGAAAGAGAAAGACCGGGAAAAGAAAGAAAAGGAUGGUCAAUUACCGUCCAUGACUUAUCUGGUUCCCCAGUGGCAGCUGCAUCAAUGAUAACACCAUUUGUUGCAUCACCUGGUUCAGACCGUGUAAGCCGGUCUAACCCAGGUUCAUGGUUAAUCCUUAGACCAGGUGAAGGAACUUGGAAACCAUGGGGUCGCCUUGAGGCGUGGCGUGAACGAGGAUCCAAUGAUGGACUUGGAUACAAAUUCGAGUUGAUUCCUGAUAUGAGUGCAAACGCUGGAGUGGUGUUGGCCGAGUCAACUCUUAACAUCUCCAAAGGAGGGAAGUUUUCGAUUGAUUUGGGUUUAUCUCCGGUUAAUAAUGGGAGCGGCUCACACCGGGGGACUAGGGUGUCCGGUUCACCAGGAUGUAGUCCAAGAAGAAAGAGUGGGGAUUUUGGAACGGGUUUGUGGCCGUACAGUGCAUACAGAGGGUUUGUUAUGUCGGCGCUUGUCGAAGGUGAAGGGAAAUGUAGUAAGCCUACAGUGGAGGUGGGUGUGCAGCAUGUGACCUGUACGGAAGAUGCUGCGGCGUAUGUGGCCCUUGCCGCGGCUGUUGAUCUUAGUAUCGACGCUUGUAGGCUGUUUUGUCAAAAGCUUAGGAAGGAGCUUUGCCAGAGUCUUGAUUUGGGUAGCUGACACCUUUUUAAGCGUCGGUUCUAUUUUUUAGUUGAGUUUUGGGUUACAUAUUAUUUCUUCAUUUCAUACUAUCAUCUUGCGUUGUUUAGCUUCGUUAUUCGGUGAAAGGAAAAUGGCAGGCUCAAGCAAGUGCGAAGGAGAAGGAUAAACAAAAGAAUUGUUCUAAAAGUUUUGCAAAAUUGGUAAGAUACUCGGAGAUUGGCAAAGUGUUGCAAAAUAAGAGGACGGAGGAAGCUAUAUGUGAUGGAAUUGUACUCCAUUGUGUUUUUUAAGAUGGUCAAGUACUUACUAGUGUUGCGUUCAUUCGUUGGGUUUUAGGUAAAUUAUUACACUAUCAAUGUGGUUUUUAUUACCGACUACGGCUAUGACUAUGACUACUAACCGAGGCUGGGUGUUUGGGGAAAAAUGUGUAUAGUAGGGGGAAUAGGAGUUAGGAGAUAAAAGAAGAGGGUAAAAGCACUAAAAUACCAUAUUUUCCCUCUUUGAUGUGUGUGGCUUGUUACUUGUAAGAUCUAUUUUUGAUUUUACAUGAAAUUGGAAUAUUUUCUAAGCCAUAUGUUUAUUUGGAACUCAUAGAUGAUUCAUACUUGUGCUGUUGAUGGUUGAGCUAGAAAUGUGUAAUGUUAACAUAAAUUUAGCUUAUUCCUAGAUAUUUAGGAUGCCCUUGAUGAGAAGGCAUGUUCUAAUUGUGGUGGUGAUCAUUCAUUAUUAUGUUUCUAUUUUUGUGUUUUCACAAAUUCUCAUUAAGUAGGUCUCACAAAUUUUAGACUCGAAGGACUUCUUGUGUGUAUAAACUGUUUUUGUAUCCUUUUUACACCCUGAUUAUAGUUUUCAAUUGGCGGAAUACACUGAAUACAAUAAUAAUGAUGAGUCUGUU